CAUUUUUUUGGCCCGAUCGUGAAGUUUACACUGAGGGAUUGCGCACAGCGUGUUGCUUUUGCUGCUGCGUGUCGGGGGUAUUUUUUUUUUUAAAAACAAUAAUAAAGUGGACAUCAAUUAGGUAGAUUAAUCACUUACUGCCUCCAAUUUCUCGCCAUGCCAUCAGUAUUAUCGCCGCCAUUUCUCCAAGGAAGCAACGAGAGUCGGAAUCCCCUCCGCUUUCUACGCACCGUUGCACUUGGAUGCAGGUCACCACCCGAUACACCAACCCCUUCUGAGAGCAUUCGUAUCCUUCUUACACCACAACCAACAUCCCCGACAACGGGCACGGAUCCCAUCGAACGUGAGCUGCAGGACAAUGUUCCUAUCAGACUUGGCCGACAAGUUCGCGAACCCACCACAACCCCCCACAAACAAGCAACAACGGCCGCAGGCGUGCUCCUCCCAUCCUCGCCCUCGUCUCGACAAACCGAUUACAUUUACUUUAAAUCAAAGGUCGUCUCCCGCCAUCAUGCCGAAUUUUGGAUCGGGAGGGAUGGGCAGGUGUAUUUAAAGGACACUGCAAGUAGUUCUGGAACGUUUUUGAAUCGGUUGAGGUUGAGUCCGAGUGGGAAGGAAAGUCGGCCUUAUCCGGUCAAGAGUGGGGAUGUGAUUCAAAUGGGAGUGGACUAUCAAGGGAGGAGUGAAGAAGUUUACAAAGCACCGAUUUUCAGACUGUCCAUUAUCCACCCACCAACACACUGUGCAACUCUCAAAAAGAACCACCUCACAACCCGUUUCCGAAAGACCCUUCACACUCUCCUUACACUCGCCAACCCCUACUCCACCACAAGCGAUCCCUCUCCCACUGCCCAACUCCAAGAUUGCUGCAUCUGUCUCUCAGGGAUAGGUCCUUACCAAGCACUUUUCCUCGCUCCUUGUUCGCAUUGCUACCACUUUAAAUGCGUGAAAGGGAUGUUGAGUGAGGGUGACAUGUUUUUAUGUCCUCUUUGUAGGCAGGUUGCGAAUUUGGACGCUAGUGUGAGCAUGGAAAGUUUAUGCGAUGUGGCGGGUAGUGAUGAUGAGAGUGUUGCGGAAGAGUCUGAACUUGGGGAUGAGCAGGAGCAGGAUUGGGGAUCGAAUAUUGCCGUAGCGCAUGAGGAGACGUUGGAACUCCCUGCAUCCCUGUCACCGUCCCCAGAAACAGAUCCGGACGUGUACGCAACGUUUCGAGGGGACAUGAGCCGGUAUUUGGAGCUGGCUGGCGACGAUGGCAAACUAUCUCGUGGGUUGACAUUGAUGGCGUCGAGUCGUGAGUCGGAAUCAUAGCAAUGCUUGGCAUAUCUGCGUGUGGAAACUACAUGUACCAAGUUUUAGAAUAAGGGACAGCAUUGCGACAAG